GGGUUAAUCAUGGGAAAGACUCGGGGCAUGGGAACAGGGCGUUGUAGACCCAUAGGGUUACCACGUCCUCGCCGUUCUCUAUUCCGACCUCUCUCAGUCGGAGAAAGAUGCUUACAACGAAAGAGAUUGGCCGCGCUGCGUCGCACGAAGAAUACACUAGGCUCUCAAGUCUCGUUGCCUAUCAAAUCAGAUAAGAGUCUGAAGAGAACUGAUCAGACCACUCUUGUCUCCGGAACUGAUAUUCAGGGAAAGUUGUCGUCUGAUGUUGUUGAUAGCACCUCGAAGCCUCAGACGUCAUCAUCAAGUUUGGUCGGGAUGAAGAAAACACUAGGUUCUCAAGCCUCGUUGCUACGUUGUUCUGCCUGUAUGCAAAUAAUCCACUCUGAUAAGAGUCUAAAGGGAUCUUCUGAUCAGGAUCAGACCACUCUUGUCUCCCUAAUUGAUAUUCAGGAUCAGACCACUCUUGUCUCCCUAAUUGAUAUUCAGGAUCAGACCACUCUUGUCUCUGGAAUUGGUAUUCAGGAAAAGUCGUCGUCUGAUGUUGUUGAUAGCACCUCGAAGCCUCAGACGUCAUCAUCAAGUUUGGUCGGGAUGAAGAAAACACUAGGUUCUCAAGCCUCGUUGCUACGUUGUUCUGCCUGUAUGCAAAUAAUCCACUCUGAUAAGAGUCUAAAGGGAUCUUCUGAUCAGGAUCAGACCACUCUUGUCUCCCUAAUUGAUAUUCAGGAAAAGUUGUCGUCUGAUAUCGUUAGUAGCACCUCCAAGCCUCAUCAAGGUAAGGGUCUCCGAUCAAAUUCAAAGAUGCACAAGCCCAAAGCUCUUCUAAAGAAGAAGAAGAAGAAGAGCUCACGCAAAGCUGUUUCCGCCACCUAAAUUACCACCACUCUUUUUUAUUUUGUUACUUUUUAUGCUUGAUCAGGACUUUAAAAAAAAAGAACCUUUUAUUUAAGUUAUAUGUUUGAUUUUGUGAAAUCCUUGUCAUGAUAAUGUGGCAGUUGUCUUUUUA